UCAACGCCUCUCCGUCGUCGUCUUCUUCUCUCAGAUUCAUCUCUCAGUAGUUAGUACUGCGAAAUCAGAAGAAUCAUGACCACCUAUGGCACCAUCCCUACUUCGUCUUCCCCAUCCACAAAUCUCGAGUUCAUCUCACGCGCCAAGCAAAGAAUCACCGGUCUUGGAACUCGCCGCCCAUGGAAGGUCAUGUUCAAUUUCCGAUCCUUCGCCCUACCUGCCGGUUUCCCCGACGCAAUUGCGCGCUUUCGAGUCAACAUCGGUUACUUCCGUAUGAACUACGCUAUCGUCGUGCUCCUUAUUCUCUUCCUCAGCCUCCUCUGGCACCCGAUCUCCCUCAUCGUCUUCGUUGUGCUCAUAGCUUGGCUGUUCCUCUAUUUCCUCCGCGACGAGCCGCUGGUCAUUGCCGGCCGUCUGAUUGAUGACCGUGUGGUCCUGAUCGUUAGCGUGCUGACCGUCGUACUGCUGCUCUUGACCAACGUGACUCUCAAUAUAGUGGUGGCACUCUUGAUCGGAGCGGGAUUACUGGUGGCGCACGCGGCGUUGAGAAAGACCGAUGAUUUGUUCCUGGAUGAAGAAGAAGCUUCUGGAUUGAUGCCUAAUGUAGCUACUACUGGUGCUUCUUCUUGAUUCUUCUGUUUAGUUUUACUCUCUUCCAUUCCAUUGUUAGUUGGUAAUUUCAAGUUUGAAACUGCAGAAUUGGAUUUCCUUGUGAA